AUGUUUCCGUUAUGUCUGCCACCACUGAUCCUUUUUUUCGCCGUCGCCACGACAAUUAUCGAUUGUUUGGGCGUCAAAAUGGAGAAAAACGGUCUUGUCGCGAAGUGUUCGGCUAAAAUUGCGAAAUUUUUGCAGAAAACACGAAAAAAGCACCAAUUGAUGAUGAGACGGAGAAGGAGAAACAAGAGGAUUUCGAGAAGGAGAACGAGAGGCUGAGCGCGCUGGCACUCGAGGCGCUUUACAGUGUUCCCAAAGUUUCGACGCAAGCGUAUUUCGGAAAAUUGCACGGCGAUGCGAGAAUAAAUGUGAGCAGACGCGCGAAAUUCGCAAGUUUUUGAGAAAUGCUUUGGAAAAUUUUUGAAUUUUUUGCAGAAAACUGUGCAAGAAGAGGAUAAUGUCGACAAAUUGAUAGACGGAUCCGACGGCAUCCGCCCCGUGAACAAUGAUCCGGACACGGACACUCUGAAAAAAGUGGUUUCGAUUCAACCGGAAUCUCAAUUGUUGGGCGUUUAG